AUGUCAUCUUAUCGACCCUCAAUUCAGCUUUCAGGGAGUUUACCCUCCUCCCGAGCUUCUAUGAAUGUCGAUUGGCAAAACCCGGAUUCGACCAUGGUUGAAAUUGUUAAUCGUCAUUUGGCUACAGAUACGCAUAAAUCUUUAAACUUACAAGGCGGUGAUAUUACUAGAGAAAUUUAUCGUUGGACUAAUGAGCAGGCUCAAGAUGGAGGAUACGGAAUCCCUAUAACAGGAGCUGAGCGUUCUCCACGUAGGAGGUCGAUGAGUUUUACAGGCUCGCAGGCAGAUAAACCUACCCAACUGGGUCUUGGUGAAAUGACUGCUAAUGAAAUGCUUGCUCCUAAUGGUUUUCGUCGUAGUUAUGUGCUUAUGCGACAAAGACAGAAGCCAAAUGCAUUUACCCGUAAUUUUAUUGAGUUUCUAAGUCUGUAUGGUCAUUUUGCCGGAGAAGACCUUUCAGAAGAAGAUGACGACGAAGAUGGCAUUAGCAUUAUGAGCCAAGUUGGCUUGGAUGAGGAAGAAGGGGAGGAGACACCGCUUUUACGUCGCCGGCAUGAUAAUGGUUCGGUGUUUAAAACAGUGCUAUUACUUUUGAAAUCAUUUGUCGGGACUGGUGUGUUAUUUUUGCCUAAGGGUUUUCAUAAUGGUGGUUGGUUAUUUAGCAUUAUUUUGCUUAUUAUUUGCGGCGGGGUCUCUUAUUUAUGUUUUAUGCUAUUGAUUAAUACGAAAAUGUUCGCUGGGGUGCAUGGGUACGGUGACUUGGGCCGUAAAUUGCAUGGUGUGGCUUUACAAAGAAUGAUCCUAUCAUCUAUCGCGCUGUCGCAGAUUGGAUUCUCCUCUGCAUAUAUCGUUUUUACCGCCAGUAACUUGCAGGCCGUAUUUAAGGCAAUGUUUGGAUGGGAGUAUGUGAUGUCUGUGUAUAUUUUCAUCCAACUAAUUAUUUUCCUACCUUUAGCAUUGACGAGGAACAUUGCAAAAUUAUCAGGAACAGCCCUUGUUGCAGAUGUUUUUAUUCUCUUGGGACUAUUCUAUUUAUAUGGAUACUGCUUCUACACCUUAGGACACCGUGGUAUCCCUAGUGGAUCCAUGCUAAUGUUCCAUCCUGGAGACUGGACCUUAUUUGUGGGGACAGCUAUAUUCACUUACGAAGGUGUUGGUCUUCUAAUACCUAUUCAGGAGUCCAUGAAACAUCCUGAAAAGUUUCCAAAAUGUCUAGGAUGGGUGUUACUCGCUGUGACCAUAUUAUUUAUUUCUUGUGGCAUUCUUGGGUAUGCUACUUUUGGGUCUGAUAUACAGACAGUUAUUUUACUGAAUUUUCCUGAACAUGAUGUUAUGAGUAAUGGCAUACAAUUCUUGUAUGCUAUGGCGAUUCUCCUGUCUACACCUCUACAACUAUUUCCCGCCAUUAGAAUCCUUGAAAAUGGUAUAUUCCCCCAAAGUGCGUCUGGAAAGCACAAUCCACGUAUUAAAUGGACCAAGAACUGGUUCCGAGCAUUGAUCGUCAUGUUUAGUGUUCUUGUCGCCUGGCUAGGAGCAGACGAUCUCGAUAAAUUCGUUUCACUUGUUGGUACUGUUGCAUGCAUCCCUUUGAUAUACAUAUACCCUCCAAUUCUUCAUUACCUGGCAUUUAAUAAAUCUAAAACGGUUUCUAGUGCGUCUUUGUACGCGGAUUUGGGAUUGGCAUGCCUGGGAGUUAUCUUGAUGAUAUAUGCAUCUUGUCAAACCAUGUUACAAUGGAGCAGAUGA